AUGUCCUCUAUGAGUAGUAAUUCUGAUCUGUUCGAGUACACUUCUGGGCGCUUUUUAUUUAAUGAAAAGCUCCGCCGCGCUGAACGCUGUAUUCAAUUUGACGUGGAUGCCCUUGUAAGGGCAGCCUGCCAUUCUGUUGGUCGACGCCUCGAUGGCGUAGCCUCGAUCACAAAACUCGCCGAGGGGGGCUUCAACCGCGUCUUGCAACUCACCUUCAAUGAUGGAUAUGCAGUUCUUGCAAGGUUGCCAUACAAGACUACUAUUCCGAAACAUUAUGUGGUGGCUAGCGAAGCUGCCACACUCACACAUCUACGUGCUCAUGGGGUCCCAGCCCCUAAAGUCCUUGCGUAUUCUCCAGAUCAGACAAAUCCCGUUAGAACUGAAUAUAUUCUACUUGAAAGGCUUGAAGGAAUCCCCUUAAGUGACCAGUGGUUCUCUAUGGAUACCAAAACUCGGGUCAAAAUAAUGAGACAGAUUGUUAAUAUGGAGAGACGGUUUAUGAGUAUCCACUUCCCAGCAAGCGGAAGUCUUUAUUACCGCCGUGAUCUCGACAGCUCACAACACUUUAUCCCAAUCUCAGACGAUAUUGUCGUUGGACCAACUGUACAGCAUGAAUGGUGGUAUCAAGAACGGGCCUCUCUAGAGGUUGACCGUGGCCCAUGGACUACCUUUUCCGCAUACUUCGAAGCACCCGCAAAGCGCGAGAUAGAAUUCUAUAAAAGAUUUGGUAAACCACGCCUACACGUCGAAAGAUAUCUACGAGAAAUAUACCAGUUCCAAAGCCUCUCGCCUAUUCUAUACCAAUAUCUCCUUGCCAAUUAUUUGAAGUUAGCGCCCUACCUCGACGUCCUAUCAGGCCGUAUGUCUCGCCCGACUCUUCGCCAUCCGGACUUUUCACCUAAUAAUAUCUUGGUGAAUAUGUCUAAUGAUAUGGUAGGGGUCAUUGACUGGCAACAUGCAGUAAUUCUACCCCUCUGUUUAUGCGCUGGAAUCCCCGAACAUUUUCAAAACUGGGGCGAUCCAUUAUCCGAGACAUUGUCUAAGCCAGAGGUCAAGCUGCCGGCAAAUUUUGAUCAACUCAGCGAUAAAGAACAGGAAACUGUUCAAGAGACGAUGCGGAGACGGAUCGUCCAUUUCUAUUAUACUGCAUUGACCAUGAAAUCCCUACCGGAUCAUUUUGACGCCAUCAGAACCGAAAAUUAUAUGCUUCGAGCGAAGCUUUUUCAUCAUGCACAGGCUCCGUGGGAGGGAGACUCUACCUCAUUAAAGUAUGUUAUGCUACAGGUCCUCAAGAAUUGGCCUAUGUCGCUAGAUGGAGGAGCACAGACAAGAUCUGCUGAGUGUCCAAUUCACUUUUCUGAGGAAGAGAUACAGAAAUGUUCGGCGGAUUAUCGCCAAGAACAGGAGAAACUACGGGAAUUGGGCGAGAUGAGGGAUCUAAUCGGGACAGAUGCCCUUGGCUGGGUUUCAGAUGAGGAUGAACUUGAACGGAGUAGAGCUGUCAUCCAGAGCAUCAAGGAUGGUUUGAUGGAAUAUUCAAGCACGGAUAUGGAGAAGACUGCGGUUCUUUCUCAUUUUCCUUUCGAUGAUCAUGAAGAAAAAGCGUAA